AUGGACCGCUACCACGUGCUGAAGCUGGUGGGAGAGGGCUCGUUUGGACGAGUUUUCAAGGGAAGGAAGAAAUUCACUGGCCAGGUGGUCGCCCUUAAGUUCAUGCCGAAAGUGAAUCGGUCUGAAAAGGAGCUGGGGAGUCUCAAGAGGGAAAUCGAGAUCCUGAGAGAUCUUCAACAUCCAAACAUCGUCCAGCUCUUCGACAGCUUUGAAACUGACACCGAGGUUGUGGUUGUGACUGAGUAUGCAGAGGGCCAGUUGUUCCAGAUCCUGGAGGAUGAUGGGAACCUGCCGGAGAGCCAGGUGCGUGAGAUUGCCUGCCAGCUGGUCUCAGCUUUGUACUACUUACACUCCCAUCGCAUCCUUCACCGUGACAUGAAACCACAAAACAUCCUGUUGGGGAAAACUGGCGUGGUGAAGCUGUGUGACUUUGGGUUUGCCAGGGCCAUGAGCGUGUCCACCUUGGUCCUGACCUCCAUCAAGGGAACACCUCUGUACAUGUCCCCCGAGCUGGUGGAGGAGAAGCCCUACGACCACACUGCUGAUCUGUGGUCUCUGGGCUGCAUCCUUUAUGAGCUCCACACGGGGGAGCCACCGUUCUACACCAACUCCAUCUUCCACCUGGUGCAGCUCAUCGUGAGGGGCCAAGUGAAAUGGCCAGACAAUAAUAUGAGCAGCAUCUGCCAGAGUUUCCUGAAAGGUUUGUUGACCAAAGACCCCCAGAGACGGUUGUCAUGGCCGGACCUCCUGCACCAUCCCUUCGUUGCUGAUGGUGUUUUAGUCCUGUCAGACACAAACGUCUUCAACCCCUUGACGGUCACGCCGAGCCCCGACAUUCAGGCGCUGAAGCUUAAACAAGUGGCAGAAAGGUCCGUCCCGACGUCUGGACGAAGCAAAUUCCUGUGGAAGGUCAUGGAGCAGGAGAACAAGAGGAAACCAAAAAAGGAGCGUCGGACCGAGAGGGCCAAUUCUGCCACGGCAGAAGCGUCACCCAACAUCCCCGAGUCUCCCUCCAGGGAAGUUUCCAGCGCCCCGGGUCACUCGGUCCUGACAGCUGCCAAUCAAAGCAUCAAUCCGAGGAGUCGAGCUUCUACAAGAGCAAAACAGAGGGGUCAGAUCAGCAGAGACUACGAGCAGGAGUUCCCCUCCGUGGAGGUCGGGCCUCGGCUGCUGCGAUGGGGCAGUGAGGACCGUAACGCCACGCCGCCCAGGCAGGAUGUCGAUGAUAAGGAGUUUUGGGAGAACUUGGCGCAACAAUCGGAUCCAAACAGGUUUUCUGGAGAGAGAUUUAACUACAAGGAUGUUCUGCCUCAAAUUAAAAGCAGGAUCGCAGCAUUUCAAGCUCAGGUAAUAAGAGGCGGCGUUUUAGAAGAUGCGCGGCAGGUUUGUCAACUUCUGAAGGUCCUUCGUAAUCUCAUAUUGACCCCUGACCUGAAGAUGCUGAGCCUCAUCUCCCGUGAACUUGAGCUCCCACGUGUCCUCUUCGACGCGAUCCGCAACUCUGUUGAAAAUCCAGACUUCAUCAAGCAACAGGGGAGUGUGCCGGUCCUGGGGGAGAUGAUGACUCUGCUCCUGAUCUACUGGGAGAAGAACUCCGACUGGAUAGAAGAAGAGUCCAGUCGACUGGAGGAGUUCACAAAGCCUUUCCACACAGUUCUGACGGGACCAGACCUCACAGCUCUGGCGCCUCUAGCUGCUUGUGUUUUAUCCCUCUUCACACAACAUGUUGACGUUCACGUUGAUCUGGAUCAUGUAACGUCCCUGCUGACGACGCGUCUCCUGGACUCUAAUGAGGUUUCCCUGCUGCCCUGCGGUUGGGGACUCUGGGAUGGCCUCCUCUCUUUAGUGCUGCACUCGCUCUCGACGCAUGAAAAUGCCCGGGACGUUUCUAAUUUAAAUUCUGUCAGGCUUGUGGAAAUGUGGGAAAAGAUUGGCACGUCUCUCGCCAGCGCCAAACCAAACCUGGAACUCUGUUCAGCUCACGGGUUCCACUCCCUUCUGUCCAUCACCGUGUUCGUCCUCACCAGGGAUCUGAGCUCGUGCAUCCCUCUGUUCACCGACAGCAGAUCCAACUGCGUGCACACGCUCGGGCGGCUGCUAACCGACCGGUUACCUCACGCUCUUGCGGGACCCGACGCGGAGCCGAGUCGCGACGGCCUGACAAUCCUGAGCUGCCAAUUGUUGUGUUUCCCGUUCGCCCUGGACCUCCAGUGGAGCACCACAUGUUCGGUCCUGCAGCUGUAUGACAGCUGUGGCGUUGUGUCGGGCCUCCUGCAGGUGAUUCAGACUCUUCCUCUCCCGCUCCUGGAGGUGCCUCUCUCCCUGCUGAGCCGCUUGUUCUUGUGCGACCCCCAGCGCGCCCUUUCCCACCUCAGAGAAGCUGCUUUGAGCUUUUUCUCCUCACAUCAGGACCGCCGGUCCGCCGACUCCAGAUCCCCGACUCCUCGACCCAGAACCUCCAGCUCUCUGCUCUGCGCCCUGCUGCAGCCGCAGGCGCUCUGGGACUCCGCGGCGGAGCUCCUAACGCUGCUGUCCCAGGUAGCCGGUGGCUCCCGGCGGCCCGGCGGCCCUCGGGUGCACGUCGAGGCCUCGACGCUGCAGCAGGCGCUCACUCACCCGUACGACCGGAUCAGGGCGGCCACAUGCAGACUUCUGGGGAGUUUAAAUCCACUCGCGGCUCCUGCAGCCGACCCCCUACAAGCAGAUGUUUUCAAAAACCUGCUAGACCGUGUCUGGGAUCCGCACAUGUCGGUACGGCGAACGGCCUGCUGGGCAGUGGGAAACUGGCUGGGGUACGUGGCAGAAAGCCCGGGGAUUAGGAUGUCCCGAUCUGACGGGAAAGGCAUGAAAGCUAUCGGGUGGGGCGACGAGAAGGAGCUAAAUAAACACGUGGGUUUGCGCGCCGAGGCGGCCGGCAGUCUGGAGACGGUGAGCAGUGCGCAGAGUGCGGAGAGCGGAGGAUGGACAGGAGAGGUCAGGAGGUCAGCGGCCGUACUGGCCGGUCUGCUCACGGACCCCGACACCCUGACGCGCCGCCACUGCUGCGCAGCGCUGAGAAACCUGCUGAAUAUCGACGGAGCCGCGUCGGCGCUGCUGGAGGAGGAUGUUCCCAACUUACUUCUGAGAGUCGCAUGCUCAGACUCCCAUAAUGCAGUGAGACAAGCCGCCAUAGCGACGCUGAGCCUGUACAUCCAGCGGGACGAGAUGUGUCAGGUCCUGAUGUCCCUCGAUGCCAGUGAGAAACUCCUGCAGGCUUCCCAACAUGCCCCUCCUCAGUGUGACUACAAGCAGCUCCUCAGACUCCUACCAAAAACAUUCUAGU